AUGUGCUCGGCCGGGGAGCUGCUGCGGGGCGGCGGCGGCGGCGGCGGCGGCGGCGGGGAGCGCGACGAGGACGGGGACGCCCUGGCGGAGCGGGCGGCGGCGGCGGCGGCGGGGACCGAGCGGGAGCCCGGGGCGAGCCCGCGGCGGCUCGGGCGGCGGCCGCAGGCGGAGAGCGAGCAGGAUAUUGAGGAAUCACGAAACCACACUGGCGAACCUGUCGGAGAUGACUACAAAAAGAUGGGAACGCUUUUUGGUGAACUGAACAAAAGCCUCCUCAACAUGGGCUUCACAAGGAUGUAUUUUGGAGAACGAAUUGUGGAACCAGUAAUAGUCAUUUUCUUUUGGGUUAUGCUGUGGUUUCUUGGCCUACAAGCCCUUGGACUGGUUGCUGUUCUUUGUCUUGUCAUUAUUUAUGUACAACAGUGAAACAUGGCUGAAUGAGUUGUUGUUUGACAUUUGGUAGCCAUAUAUAUAAUUGGCAAAGUUACACAUUUCAUUUUUGAAAGCUCGAAAAGUUUUCUUUGUUUUAAUUUUUAUGCUGGCUGUUUUAUAAUUAAAUUUAUAUGUGGAUAUUGUUUAAAAUUGAACUCUUGUUUAUAACAGGGGCAAAUGUAGAUUUUGAAUGUAGAUUAGCUUAUUUAAAAUCCUGUUUCACUACUAUGAUCUAUGCCUACUAUUAGACACCUCUGUUUCCAUGCAGAAUCUUAAAUAACACCACCAAACAGUGGGCAAGCAAAAAUAAUGGAAUCUGGAAUUCAAAUCAAGCAGUAUAAUUCGUAAAGAGAAUUCCAAUAAAACAUUUUAGAGGAAAAAGGAGGAGAUGAGAUAAAAAUGAGUUUUACUUGGAAACCCGUUCCACACCUGCCAUAUUAUUUGGGUAAUAUUUGCAUUUCUGUUGUCCCUGCUCAGCCCAAACCAAGGAAAAUGAUAACCAUACACUACCUUAAUAUCGUGGUGAAAAUAAAUAAAGCUAGCACAUUUUCUAAACAUUGAAAAGAAUAUAUUUAUUAUUAUUGGGGAAAGCUCCUAGAUUAAAUCAUCUUUUCUAUGAUGUAACACUUGGGCCUGGAAUGUCUUCAGAAUAUCUUUUGAAGUUUUAGACAAUUUUGGUGCUACUUUUUGUGUGUUUUUUAAAUCUCAUAAGCCAAGUCCAUGGUUGCCUGCACCCUGUGGUAAUGCUAUAUUUCUUGUAUCUAACAGGUUGCAUAUUUUUCCUAGAAAAACAUUUUCAGUGUAUUUUUUCAGGAAUUUGUAAUUUUAUAGUUUUUUUAUAACAGUUAUUCUAAUAUCUAAAAAGAAAAUAUUUCCCACCUUGACACAGAUUUUUUUCCCAAAAAACAUUGACCAAUAUUUUACUGUUAAGAAAAAAAUCAGAUUUUUUAAAUUAUCUGUAUUGGAAAGUACAGUAGUACUGUAUAAAAAACCAAAUGCUCAAAUUUGGAGCUUAACAGCCAAUAGUAAUAAUAUUCUUCUAAGGCUAAAGCCAAGUCAAUAACUGGCUAGCCAUGCUACUAAUAUGUCUUAACUCAGCACGUUGGAGAUUUAUAUUAGAAUAAGCAUUUCUUUAACUAUACUCUGAAAAUGGGAAAUAGCUUCAGUGAUAUUUUGGGUUUUGUCAGAGGAUCUAAAAUUUUACACUUUUGACUCAAAGACUAUUUAAACAAAGGAGAGGUAGUUAAAAUUAUUAUCUUGGAAUUCGAGUUAAAUACAAGGAAAAUGAGGUAGUGGAGGCAUUUUUAUCUUUGGUAUGAUGAGUAACUAAAACACAUAGAGUGUUUUCCACUUUGUAAGGUUUUCUUACAAUCCUGUUUUAAAAAAUUUGUCCUCUGAGUUCUUCUAUUGUAAAGCAGAAAAUAAUGAAAAAUGUUAAAUUUAGAUGUCUAAAAUAAGGUAAUCCUAAACAAAAAUACCAGUUAGGGGUCAUUAAAAAGUAUUGUGCAUUUGUAUAAAUGCAAGUCUCUUAAAAUUUGUACUUUGUCAUUGUUUUAUUGGGUUUACAAUAUUUUUAUAGUAACCUUUAUGAGCUCACAUAAGUGCAAGUUGUUUGAAAAAGAUGUUUUCAUUUCUGCACAGUAAAUUGGGAGGUUUUCAACAGAAGUUAUGAAAUUUUGUAUAUCUCCAUAAAAUAGUAAUAAGUACAUUUUUUCCAGUGCUACAAGAAAUUGUAAUUUCCCUUUGGGAUGCAUAAAAGGUAUAGUGUACAAAAUAACAUCUCUGGUUUUACCAGUGUCUAAAGUUGAAAAUAUUUUACAAGUAAGUUUUAAUAGUAAUUACUUAGUCUUCUGUCAAUACUAUGCAUCUGUGCACUGGUAUUAAUAAGGUGUGAAUUAAAUUAUAUGAAGAAAUAAGGAGAUAGCUUGCUAUUCUUUCUAUAUGUACAUAUAUGUAUAUAUGUAUAUGUCAGUGCAGUAUACCAUCAAAUCUUUUACUUUGAUAUGCAGGAAGAAAAGCUUUUCAUAUUUGAUGGAGGUGAAACAUUUCUUUUAUGGAAUAUAUUAGAAUACAUUUUUUGUAACACAAAAUAUAUAAGGUAAAUCUCUAUCAACCGACCUGAAACUAUUUGGAUCUUUUACAUGUGGGGAUUGUGGACCAUGGCUGUCUUCGGAAACAUCUAUAUUUAAUCAUAUGCUUUGAUCAGAGAAAAUCUGUUUGGGCUGUCAGUGAGCUAUAAAUCCAUUAAAGAUUAUUUAAUUGAUCAGGAAAAGAGAAACUUAACAAACUGAUGGAACACAAAUUACAGCAUAAGUAAAAGUUUUUGAAAUAUAGAAAACUUAAAAUAGUCAAAGCUAGAUUUGAGUACCAAAAGGCUGUUUUGUUUGUAGACUAUAUUUCAAGAUAUUUUACAAAUAUUUAUUGAUUUCAGAUUAUUUAAAAUGCUUUCAUUGCCAAUUUAUGUUGGUAUAGGUGACAAAAGAAAGCAAAUAAAACUCAUACCUGUUAGUACCUCUAGUAAUAAACUUGGCCAAGAAGAAUAUAAAAUAAUAAACACAUUAUGGCUUCAGGAUUAACAAUGGACUUGUGGUCUUUCAUAACUCCUGUUUCUCUGUCCAACGCUUAAUUUUUUGGUGUUUUUGGUAUUUAGUCCAACAGCCUGCUCUCUGAUUACUCUACAUAUCAGCUAUAACAGUGUCACUAUUCCCAUGGCUUUUUUUACCAUUUGCACACUAACACCUCCCCUAAGUGCCCAAAAAAGGAUCUCAGCAUCCUUCUCCCAAAUCUUUUCUUCCUAUAUUUCCUGUCUCAGCAAAUGACACAAUCCUCUCCCCAUCUGCUCAAGCAGGAUAUAGGUGACAUCUCAGAUUCCUGUCUCUCUUGCAUUGCCCACAUAUAGCCAAUUAGCAAGUUUUGUCUAUUUGAUUUCUAAAAAUGUCUUUAUUCUCUAUUUUUCUUCGUUCCCAGAAUCACUAACAGUCCAUUCUGCAGUCACCUCACCUGGAAUUCUAUCUCAGAAUCCCAGUUGUUUUCUUCACCUUCAUUUUCUGCUUCAUAGUUACAGUAAUCUUUCUAAAGUUAAUCGUUAUAAAACUCUGAUCCCCUUGGCCUAAAUCUUUUCAGUGUUUACUAUUGCCAUUAUGAUAAAGUCCUUACUUCUUAAUAUGAUUUUGCAAGGUCCUUCGUAGACCAGUGCUUGUGUUCCUCAUCUCUCCAUACUACCAUAACACCCUUUCUUCCAAGAUUUAGCCAUACUGAUUUUCUCUUUAGGUUCAUUGAAGGAGAGAUGUCUUUUCAUUUCUAGAAUUCUAUACAUUUUUACCAUAUUCCUUUAAUCCCCCUCUGCAAAACUGGCCAACACCUACACACCAUUAAGUUCUCAACUUAGAUAUUAUGUCCCAUGGGAAAACUUAUCUGAUUCCUGUAAAUACAGUUUUGGUACCUAAUUGCUUUGUUCCUUAUUAUAUGGCACUCUGUACUUCCCUUUCGAAAUUUCUCAGGCUAUAUUGUAAUAGCUUAUUUAUCACCUCCUUCCAUUAGAAUAUAGUCUUCACAAGAGUAGAGACUAUGUCUCUCAUGUCCAUAAUUGCAUUGCCAGUGCCUGCCACGAAGCCUGGCACAUAGUAGGUGCUCAAAUAAUUGUCAAGUGAAUAAACCAAGUUCAUUUAUUAAUGUUCUCUCUAUAUUAACAAAGAUCUAGAGUUGAUUGUACUGUAGUGUUCUUUGACUCCAAAAAGAUACUCAUUGUGCAUAAAGAGAAUGAAUCAAUGUAUACAUUAUAAUUUGUAAAGUCUGUUCACUUUUGAUGGGGGAAUAUCGCUGUUAUUUGCAUACAUAUCUAGUAUUUCUGCAAUACAUUGCAUUUUUUAAGAGGAACUGUAUCCUGUUUUGUGCUUGAUUGAUUAACUGUCUCUCCAGGAAAAAAGAUUUUGCAAUACACUGGGUCACUGAUGCUACCAAAAUUUCAUGUUCAGUAUUUUUCAAUAGAACUCUACUAAAUUUCACUUUUUUUCAUAAACUCUGAAGCCAUAAGUGGGAAUUCUCAAGUAUAUAAGUUUUGUAUUUUAGGCUCCAAAAUAAAUUCACUAGUAGAAUAUAGCCCAAUAGCAAGACUAUAAAUGUUAAAUAACACGCACAUAAUGUUCUUUGUUAUUCUUUCUAAUAAAUAAUACUUUUACAACUCUGAA